AUGAUUAAUGUUUUUCAUCUCAAAAACUGUGCGAAUGAAGCUGUGGUUCACAAGGUUUUGGACAGGGUGUUGAUGGGGUACGACGCCCGGCUGAGACCAAAUUUUGGAGGUGACCCUCUGUCCGUGGGCAUAUCCGUGUACAUCUCCAGGAUUGAACAGAUCUCAGAAAUAAAUAUGGACUACACGAUCACCAUGUUCUUCCACCAGACCUGGAAAGAUUCCCGCUUAGCCUACUACGAGACCAACCUGAACCUGACUGUGGACUAUCAGAUGCUCGACAAGCUGUGGGUUCCCGACUGCUACUUUCUAAAUAGCAAGCACGCAUUCGUGCACGAUGUGACUGUGCCAAACCGCGCCUUUCAGCUUCAGCCCGACGGAAGAGUCCGGUAUGGCAUCCGACUCACCACCACAGCAGCUUGUUCCCUGGACCUGCAGAAAUACCCUCUGGACAAGCAGGCCUGCAAGCUGGAAAUCGAGAGCUAUGGCUACACGGUUGAGGACAUCAUCUUAUUCUGGGAAGACGAUGGGCACGCCUUCCUGAGGACUGAGGAGCUGUCCAUCCCCGAGUUCAGCUUCCUGGGACAGACGAUUACGAGCAAGGAAGUGGACUUCUACACAGGUUCUUACAUGCGCCUGAUCCUGAGGUUCCAGGUCCAAAGGGGAGUCACCAGCUUCCUCGUAGAGGUCUAUUGGCCCACUGUCCUCACCACUGUUCUCUCCUGGAUAUCAUUUUGGAUGAACUAUGACUCCUCUGCUGCCAGAGUGACAGUCGGUUUGACAUCGAUGCUCAUCCUGACCACCGUCAACUCUCACGUGCGGAAUAAAGUGCCCCCAGUGGCCUGCAUCAAGGCCAUCGACAUCUACAUGAUGGUGUGCUUCUUCUUCGUGUUCUUCUCCUUGAUGGAGUACGUCUACAUCAACUACCUUUUCCACAGCCGAGGAGCUCGGUGCCAUCACAGGCGACGAAGGCGGACCCAGCGAGUCCUCAACCACUAUCACUACCAGGAGGUGGUGAGGGAGGAAGUGCAGGGAGACCUGAGUAGCAUCGACGACGACCUCGACUCCAUUCUCUCCAUCCCAGCAUUGGCCCGCCUGGCCAGCCCCGAGAGCCUCAGCUCUUUGGCCUCCAGCCCAGAGCGAGCCCGGCUGGCCACCUCGGAAAGCCUCAGCUCCCUCGGCUCUGUGUCCAGCCUGGCCAGCGGGGAAAGCCUGAGCCAGCUCCCGUCCACCUCGGCGCAGGCCCUGCUUGUCCACGGUGUGCCGUCUGAGACCCGCAGCCGCACUGAGGCCCACGGCCUCGCUGAGGCCCUGGUCUGGGAAGAGAUCGAAGUGAGCUCCAGCUCCGAUGGCGGGCAGCAUCUGUUCAACCACGGCCGGCAGCGUGG